CUUCUUAGGAAGUUCCCUAUACUUGCCUGGCCUGCAGUGCUCUGCCUGGGAGAGUCCUUACCCCGUGGAAUACACUCAGCACAGCUGACCUUCGAGGAGCCCCUUGGGAUGUCUGGAUCAGCUCCCAGAGCGUGAGCUGCCCGGGACUGUGGUUUCACAGAGGACUGGCACCUUCUGCUUCCAUUUUCCAGUCUGUGAAAUGGGUUCAGUCUCUUUCCUCAAAUGUGUAGAAAGAAGGCUGAAUCACGAAUCAGUCAGAAUCAGUAGGAGUUGGAGGAAAGGGCCAGUGAAUUUGAAACCUUGGCCCCGGGGGCCCCACCAAGCGAGCAGCAUGUGGUGCCCCCAGGCCUGCCCAGUGUCCUUUGGCCCGCUGCCCAGCCCCCCCAGGAGACCCUGACGCCCUGGGGGCACUUCUUCUGUGCACAGGACCACGUGGGGGUUUGCCAUGGUGACAUAAAGGGGCGCAGAGGAAGGAAGGAGCGCGACCAGCCUGCAGACUGUGCCCCUGGCUGGGAGGAAGGGCCGGGGGCCCGGAUCCUCCACUCCUGCUGCCCACCGAGGGCCGCGCUUGCUAAGUGUCUGUGAAAUUGUUGGUCAGUGGACGACUCUGGUAUUUCCUGCGUGGGGCCUGGGGGUGGCCAGGGCACACGGGCCUCCAGCGGCCGAGGUCUCCGGGGCCAGGAUGCCCGCCCUGGCGCGCCUCCGGAGGCUGUGUCGGCAUGUGUCCCCACAGGCGAUACUUUUCCUGCUGUUCGUCUUCUGCCUGUUCAGCGUUUUUGUCUCGGCCUACUACCUGUAUGGCUGGAAGCGGGGCCUGGAGCCCUCGGCGGACGCCCCUGAGCCUGACUGUGGGGACCCGCCCCCCGUGGCCCCCAGCCGCCUGCUGCCGCUCAAGCCCAUGCAGGCGGCCGCGCCCUCCCGCACGGACCCACUGGUGCUGGUGUUUGUGGAGAGCCUCUACUCACAACUGGGCCAGGAGGUCGUGGCCAUCCUGGAGUCCAGCCGCUUCAAGUACCGCACGGAGAUCGCACCAGGCAAGGGGGACAUGCCCACGCUCACUGACAAGGGCCGUGGCCGCUUCGCCCUCAUCAUUUAUGAGAACAUCCUCAAGUAUGUCAACCUGGAUGCCUGGAACCGGGAGCUGUUGGACAAGUACUGUGUGGCCUAUGGCGUGGGCAUCAUCGGCUUCUUCAAGGCCAACGAGAACAGCCUGCUGAGUGCGCAGCUCAAAGGUUUCCCUCUGUUCCUGCACUCAAACCUGGGCCUGAAGGACUGCAGCAUCAACCCCAAGUCCCCGCUGCUCUACGUGACACGGCCCAGCGAAGUGGAGAAGGGCGUGCUACCCGGCGAGGACUGGACGGUGUUCCAGUCAAACCACUCCACCUAUGAGCCGGUACUGCUGGCCAAGACACGCUCCUCCGAGUCCAUCCCGCACCUGGGUGCGGACGCCGGCCUGCACGCCGCGCUGCACGCCACUGUGGUCCAGGACCUGGGCCUUCACGACGGCAUCCAGCGCGUGCUGUUUGGCAACAACCUCAACUUCUGGCUGCACAAGCUCGUCUUUGUCGAUGCCGUGGCCUUCCUCACGGGCAAGCGCCUCUCGCUGCCUCUGGACCGCUACAUCCUGGUGGACAUUGAUGACAUCUUUGUGGGCAAGGAGGGCACACGCAUGAAGGUGGAGGACGUGAAGGCCCUGUUUGAUACGCAAAAUGAACUACGCACACACAUCCCAAACUUCACCUUCAACCUGGGCUACUCAGGGAAAUUCUUCCACACAGGUACUGAUGCUGAGGACGCUGGGGAUGAUCUGCUGCUGUCGUACGUGAAGGAGUUCUGGUGGUUCCCCCACAUGUGGAGCCACAUGCAGCCCCACCUUUUCCACAACCAGUCGGUGUUGGCCGAGCAGAUGGCUCUGAACAAGAAGUUCGCUGUCGAGCACGGCAUCCCCACAGACAUGGGCUAUGCAGUGGCCCCCCACCACUCGGGUGUGUAUCCCGUGCACGUGCAGCUGUACGAGGCCUGGAAGCAGGUAUGGAGCAUCCGUGUGACCAGCACGGAGGAGUACCCCCACCUGAAGCCGGCCCGCUAUCGCCGCGGCUUUAUCCACAACGGCAUCAUGGUCCUCCCGCGGCAGACCUGCGGCCUCUUCACACACACCAUCUUCUACAAUGAGUACCCUGGUGGCUCUGGCGAGCUGGACAAGAUCAUCAAUGGGGGCGAGCUCUUCCUCACUGUGCUCCUCAAUCCUAUCAGCAUCUUCAUGACGCACCUGUCCAACUAUGGGAACGACCGCCUGGGCCUGUACACCUUCAAGCACCUGGCGCGCUUCCUGCACUCCUGGACCAACCUGCGGCUGCAGACGCUGCCCCCCGUGCAGCUGGCCCAGAAGUACUUCCAGAUCUUCUCCGAGGAGAAGGACCCGCUCUGGCAGGACCCGUGUGAGGACAAACGCCACAAAGACAUCUGGUCCAAGGAGAAGACGUGUGACCGCUUCCCAAAGCUCCUCAUCAUUGGCCCCCAGAAAACAGGCACCACGGCCCUCUACCUGUUCCUGGGCAUGCACCCGGACCUCAGCAGCAACUACCCCAGCUCAGAGACCUUUGAGGAGAUCCAGUUUUUUAAUGGCCACAACUACCACAAAGGCAUCGACUGGUACAUGGAGUUCUUCCCUAUCCCCUCCAACACCACCUCCGACUUUUACUUUGAGAAAAGCGCCAACUACUUUGAUUCGGAAGUGGCGCCCCGGCGGGCAGCUGCUCUGUUACCCAAGGCCAAGGUCCUGACCAUCCUCAUCAACCCAGCGGACCGGGCCUAUUCCUGGUACCAGCACCAGCGAGCCCACGAUGACCCAGUGGCCCUGAAGUACACCUUCCACGAGGUGAUCACAGCUGGGCCCGACGUGUCCUUGAAGCUGCGGGCCCUUCAGAACCGCUGCCUGGUCCCCGGCUGGUACGCCACCCACAUUGAGCGCUGGCUCAGCGCCUUUCACGCCAACCAGAUUCUGGUCUUGGAUGGCAAACUGCUGCGAACAGAACCUGCCAAAGUGAUGGACACGGUGCAGAAGUUCCUUGGGGUGACCAACACUAUUGACUACCACAAAACCUUGGCGUUUGACCCAAAGAAAGGAUUUUGGUGCCAACUGCUCGAAGGAGGAAAAACCAAGUGUCUGGGCAAAAGCAAGGGCCGGAAAUACCCAGAGAUGGACCUGGAUUCCCGCGCCUUCCUGAAGGACUAUUAUCGGGACCACAACAUCGAGCUCUCCAAGCUGCUGUAUAAGAUGGGCCAGACACUGCCCACCUGGCUCCGGGAGGACCUCCAGAACACCAGGUAGCCACGGCCACCACAGCCAGACUGAACGUAUGUGAUGGCCUGGACGGCCUGCCGCAUGCUGAGCCAGACUGACCUGCAGAGUGGGGAGCUGGGCCUGGGCUGGCCAGGCACUUCUGAGCAAUAUUCAGCUGAGGCCCAGGCAGGGCCAGAAGAAGAACCCAGGCAGGUCCACAAGCGCCUCGGAGCAUCCAGUGCUGGGUCUGUGGCCUCCAGGACCUCCCUAGCCACCAGAGGUCCAUUCUGUUCACGGCCUUCCGUGGGGAGGCCACUCCCUGUUGGUGGAAGGCCACUUCCUGGUGAGAGGGAGUCCGUGAGACUUCCUUUUCUGUCCCUCACUGUGUUCUACCGACCAUGCCCUCCCUUCAUCCCAUCAGUCCCUGCGACGGCAGGGUCUCCCCUCAGUAUUAGCUGCCAUAUUUUCCCUGUCCUCCAGACAAUAGGGAGAAGAGCCCAGCGGGGCCUUUUGCCAAACAGGGGAGAGAGACUGGAUGCUUCCCUCACUGUUUUGAGCCAGGCACUUCAGAGGGGUCAGCUGGGUACCCAGAGUCACUGGGCUGGAUGUGGGGGUAGCCACCUCAAGAGAACUCUGAACCUCUACACACAUUCUGGUUAAUACCUUCACAUCUCACUUUCCCUUUUGGGGAAAGAAUCGCUGAUUCCUACAGUAUCCACCCAGUCCUCAGGGCCUCCUUCAGGACCCUGGGGCACUGUCAUGCCAUUUGGACCCAGAGACCCAGGCCUCCCUCCCCCUGUUCCUCACCCUGGGAUAUGACAUGUGGUAUUUCCUGUGGUAAAAGACUGAGGCGGUUCAGGAGUCUGCCAGUAUACAUGUCCCAAUGUACAUAUGUUGUCCCCACGCCCAGCCCCAACCUUGGCCCCUGGCAGACACUGGGCAGCGUGGGUAAGACUGCCAUCCACAGCUUUGCCCCAGCUACCUGUGGCCAAGGGCUCCUAGAGACCCCCUUAGCCGCCCCCCCCAAAUACUAAGAAGCUAAAGUAUUUUAAUAUUUUGUUUUUUUUCUUGGUGCCAGAGUUUAUACCCUGGGUGCUGGGGUCGCACUGUGUUAUAUAUAUAUAUAAUGUGUAUAUAUAUAUAUUAUAUUUUUUUUGGUUGGGUUUGUUUUUAAUUCAGUCGUACAAAAUGGUGGCAAGCCCCAGUGUCCUAUCUCAGUGCUAGAGAAUGAGGUGGAAGGGAGGGAAGGGUGUGUCUUCGUGUGUCCAGGCCUUGGGGAGACAGUGUGGAGGUGCCCCUCGGAGAGGUCUCUGUUCCCUCCCCAAAUGUCACAGCUGCCCUGGGGCUACUGCAGCUGGACAGAGGUGGUGAGAGGUACAGGAAAGACCUACUCUCUCCAGGACACCUGGCUUCAUGAAGCGCAGUGACCCUGGAGGAAUUUUGGCCAAAGGAAACAGCAGGGCUGGGGUGGGAGGCCAUGGGGCUGAAGGCCAGCCUGUCCCCUCCCCCCUCACAUGGUGCUAGGUUGGGAGCUGCCCUGGGAGCUGGGCUGCCCGCCGGGACCCACAGAACUGUCUCCAGGCCCCCUGUAGACCACGGGAUCUUGGGGCUGUUUUCUGGUUAGGGUCUGCUCCUACCCCCUUCUUUAACAAUGUGAAGUGACUAAGGCUGGGCGCCUCUCCCCAGCCCCUCCCACUGCCAGUUCAGCUUCCAACCGAAAUCCAGAAAACCCUUUCUGGAGAGCCUUGUCUUGUUCAGAAGACUAGCAUCUUGGGACGGAAGGGGCCUUUCGAUGGGUUUGGAAACAGGUCCAGAAAGGCGAGAUGGCCUCCUUGGCUGACAUCUCAGAACUGGGUGCAAGCAGGGCCAAGAAUUAAACCUGAGGCUCCUGAUUCUGAGUCCAGUGCUCUUCUUCCAAUGCCACACUGCCUCUGAGCCCAUCCUGGGGACCCUCCUCUGUGCCAGCUUCCUGUCCCUCCCUUAGUCACACCGUGGUCAUUCCAGGAUAGGGGACAAACCACUCCUUCCCAGCCAGGGUGCCUUUGAGCUUUCUCCGUUCCUGGUCUGCACACGCAGUCCUGCCUUGCUCUCCCUGAGAGGUCCUCCCCUGGUCUGUGGGUGGGGGUGGGGGGGCAGGUCUGUUUGACCUCUGAACCUGACCCCUUUUCUCAAGUUCUUCACCGGCAGUGGAGAAGAAAGGCAGAUACUCAGCAGGACAACUGCAUGUGGGUUCACUGUCUUCCGAGAGAAGCCUUCCCAUCAUGCUUCUCAUCAGAGCCUUUGAGCCUGGGAACCCAGUGUCAAGCCCGCAGGGGAUGAGGAACAGAGUGUCUGGGGACAGGGUGGCAUGCCUGCCUGUACGCUCGUGAAGACUUGCCAGUGCCGUGGGGCCAGACUCGCAGAAGGGGGUGGCGACUUCCAUAGGACAAACCCCAGGCCUCGUCUCCCAUCUUGUGGUGAGGGGCUCAGGCUCCGUGGCGUGUGCAGACCUUUACAGCUCCCACUGCUGAGAUCUACCCUCUGUGUCUGGAUGCCUGCCCCCAUCUCUGGGAGCUCAGAAUGGCCGGUGGGCGGGCAGCUCCAUUUCUCUCUGCCUCUGGCCUGAGGAAGGAGCAGGCAGGUUGGACACCCCAUGGGAGCUUGUGGGAGCAGAGGAAAUAGUGGGAAAUGUUGUCCAGGCCCUUCUGGAAGGCUGGGGACUUGACCUGCCACAUGUUCUGAGUCUGUCUGGCAACUACUACUUCUUCCCUCCCCACUGGUUAAUCUUGCUCGUGGACCCACUGUCAGGACCUGUAGAUAUUGGGGAGGGGGUCAGACAAAUCCGUCUAGGGGCUCUCAGCUACUGAGCACACAGAUCCUCCUCAUGAGAGAGCAAACCAGAAGGCAGUGGGUACAGCAUCUCUGCAUCUUAAGUGUUCACUGAUUCACUGUGUUUGGCCAGAGAGAGAGAGAGAGAAACAGUUUAAAUCAUGUCGUGGAUGCCGCCAUCCAUUCUCUCAUCCCUCCCAUGAGCCUUUGGGGCGGGCGCAGGCGGGUUGGUCACCUGCAGCUGCCUCAGCCACUCGGGGUUCUAGAGCUGCCUGUAGCUCAGGUGUCCAGCACCUGGAGGAUGAGUUCGAAGUUUAAAGAUGGGCCUCUUGCGGGCCUGUGAGGAGAAGUAGCCGGCGCCUCUGGGGCCCAGCUGAGGGAGCAGCCGUCCGAUCCCAAUGGAGGACGACUCGGCUGACCCACAGACGUUGGCAGGCUCAGUAGGGGGCGGUCCCUCCUGGUUUGUUAGUGAAAGAGCAAGUGAAAACACGUUGUACCAAUUAUUUUAUGAUGAACACUUACUACCUUCCAUCUAGAGUUAAAAUGAACAUUUUGCCACAUUUGAUUUCUCACUCUCUCUCUCUCUGUAUGUAUAUAUUUUUUCCAAAUUAGUUUAAAAGUAAGUUGCAAAUAUCGUGAGACUUGACCAAAAUGCCUCCACAUGCAUCCCCUAAGAGUUAAGACAUUGUCCUACGUAUUGGCCUAUAUCACACUCAAGACAACAAUGAUUUCCUAAAAACAUCUGCUAUUCAAUCUAUGUUCACUUUUCCCCCAGAUAACUUUUACACCUGGUUUUGGAAUCAGGAUCCAGUCAAGGUGCAUACAUGACAUCUUAUAACUGCAGUUUUUGUUCAAUCUCUUAAGUGCUGAAAAGUCCUCUCUCCGCUCGCUUUGGUUUUUUAAAUGAUGUUAUUUCUGAGGAGAGCAGGCCUCCUGUGCUGUUGAAGUCCCACAUUCUGGAUCUGUGUCAUCAUUUCUUCAUGGUGUCAUGGAGUAUGUUCCUCUAGCCCCCGUCUUGUCAAGGGUGAUUUAGGCUGUAUGGAUUUCUGCCUUUUGUGCUGACUUGACAACUUCACUCCAGCCUGAGAUGCCCCUCUACCAUCCCCUGUACCAAGUGCCAAACCAGCAGAAGGGCUAGGUGGCGCUCCAGGAGCUCAGGGAAGGGCAAGGGAGGCGACCAUUGCAGCUGGGCCUGGCAGUGCUGGGCCUGCUGGGAAGGAGGUGCCUCUGGUUCAGAAGAGCCUGUGCUGCCCCCUCUGAUCCUGGCGAUGGACCACAGGGCACCGAAUAACAUCUCUCUCUCUCUCUCUCUCUCUCUCUCUCUCUCUCUCUCCCCCUCCCUCUCUCCCUCUCUCUCUGUUUUGUGGCCUCCUGGUUUUUACUUCCUGGAGGCCCGUGGUCUGUGUGCACUGGAACAGAGCCGGGCCCCUGGGAUGCACCAGGGAAGGGCCUAACUGGGGAACUGCCCCCCCCCCCCCAAGCUGUGGUGUAAGGAGAAGAGCCCAGGGCUGGAGGCAGGAGAUGUGAAAUUUCGUCCCAACUGGGUACGUUUAGUAGCUAACGUCACGGUUUCCCCCCAGGGCCUCAACUUCCCCAUUUAUAGCAUGAGCAGAUGGGGCAAUGGCAGGGGUUUUCAAAUGUCACAAAGAAAGUGGAUCUGCUCUAGUUGAAGUGAGCAGUUGGAGGGCCCAGACCCCUGCCCUCAGGGCAGUGCUGGGUGCCUGGGUUGCAACCUUGGGCCGGCUGCGCCCCCAGGCCUUGCCCUUGCCAGCUCGGACAGCCAGAGAUUUGGGGGGGGGGCAUGGGCUUUGUGAGGGGUCAAUGUCAGGGGCCUGGGGAGACUCUGGCUGUGUUUUAUCCUAAUAAGUUCAUCCCUCCCUCUCUCCUUCCUUUCUCUGGCUCUUGAGGAGAAUGAAGAAGGAGAGGGUUUUCUAUGACUGUGCUAGCUUUUAUUAUCAGCAAGAGGGCUCCUUUUGUAAUUUGUGCAUGAAAUUCAUGUCAUUUCCUGGGGAGAGGAGAGGGCUGACUGGAGAGGGUGGGGGGCACGCUAGGGGAGCAGACAGGUUUCCUUCCCUUGUGGGGGUGGGGAGAGGGGGGAGAGGGGGUGCUACCCAGCUCAUCUGAUCAGGGCUCUCGAACCAGCCGUUUUGGGUUGUGUUAAAAGUGGGAACCUUCCUCCAUUAAUGUACAAUCUCGAACUAACUACUAAUAAAGUGGGAUUCUAUUUGUA